AUGACGAGCGCCAGACCCAACAUCAUCUUCAUUAUGGCUGAUGACCAUGCCUCCAAGGCCAUCAGUGCUUACGGGGCGUGCAUCAACCAUACCCCCAACAUCGACCGGCUCGCAGAGGAGGGCAUGAAGUUCAACCACUGUUAUGUCACCAACUCGAUCUGCACGCCGUCGCGGGCGGCCAUCCUCACCGGAACCCAUAACCACGUCAACGGCGUUAUGACGCUCAACGACAACAUCAACAAGCAUCUCCCGAACGUCGCAAAACACCUUCGAACUGGCGGGUACAGGACGGCAAUGGUUGGCAAGUGGCACCUGGGCGAGGGCAAAGCACAUGAGCCAACGGGCUUCGACUACUGGUCAGUCCUCCCGGGCCAGGGAGACUACUGGGACCCCGAGUUCAUCGAGGAGACGGGGGCGAGGGUCGAGAACGGCUACGUUACGGACAUCAUCACCGACAAGAGCCUGAACUGGAUCUCGGAGACGACCAGGGACACGGAGAAGAAGCCCUUCUUCCUCAUGUGCCACCACAAAGCGCCACACCGCUCAUGGGAAUAUGACGAGAAACACAAGAAGCUCUACACCGACCCGAUCCGCGUCCCCGAGACCUACGACGACGACUACAAGAACCGCGCCAAGGCAGCCAAGGUUGCCAAGAUGCGCGUGGCCGAGGACAUGACUUACCAGGACCUGGGACUCAUACAGCCGGACGGCGGCAACGCCGUGGGCGAGCGGGUGGUGCAGGAGUCCGGGUCGGCGCAGCGCAAGGUCCCGGUCGACGCGAAGAGGCUGAUCGACAAGGAGGACGGGACGGUCUUCACGUUCAAGAGCGCAGAUGACCUCGCGCACUUCAAGUUCCAGCGGUACAUGCAGCGGUACCUGCGCGUCAUCCAGUCCGUCGACGACAAUGUCGGGCGCAUGCUGGACUACCUCGAGGAGAACGGGCUGGCGGAGAACACAAUCGUCAUCUACACCUCGGACCAGGGCUUCUUCCUCGGCGAGCACGGCUGGUUCGACAAGCGCUUCAUGUACGAGGAGUCGUUCCAGAUGCCGUUCCUCGUCCGGUACCCGGCGGCCAUCGCCAAGGGCUCGGUGUGCGACGACAUCAUCUGCAACGUCGACUUCGCGCCGACCUUUCUCGACCUCGCGGACCUGACGGUGCCGAGCUACAUGCAAGGCGUGUCCUUCCGACGGCUGCUCCAGGGCGACACGCCGGCAGACUGGCAGCAGGUCGCCUACCACCGCUACUGGAUGCACAACGACAUCAUCCACCACGCCUACGCGCACUACGGCGUCAGGGACCAGAGGUACAAGCUGAUCUACUGGUACAACGAGCCGCUGGAGAUCGAGGGCGCGAGGCCGGGCGGCGAGGAGGACAAGGAGUGGGAGUUGUUCGACUGCGAGAAGGACCCGUUGGAGCUGUUCAACGUCUACAACGACCAGGCGUACGAGGAGGUUGUGAAGCACAUGACACAAGAUAUCAUGCAUCCCCCUCUCAUCAAAAUGAAGUUCUCCGCCGUCCUCCUCUUCGUCGCAUCCGUCGCCGCUGUUGCUCUCGACACCGAUGUCCCCCCUGCUCUCAGCCAGCCUGGUCGCCGGGGUGUCGACUGCGGCGCCUGUGACCGGCUGAACUUCUGCCCUGGCAAGCCCAACAACAACGUUGAGUGCGAGCUGGACGGAUGUUGCAAGAAUUAG